AUGUCUAUAGGAGAUAGGAGAACUAUACUAACUCUGGGUACAGUGGGACUUAUUUUAGGUAGUAUUUGGUAUCUUACAGCAGAAAAAAGGAAAAACAUCAAAAAGUCAUCUGUAUGGACAAAUGAAAAAGUAAAAGAUAUCCUAAAAGAUGUAGCAAACAAUUUGCAUCCUUUAAUGAUGGAUCUUGCUCAUUUAGCUUCUACUAUUGGCAAAUCAACUACAGAAAAGGGAGAACCCUUAAAGCCUGAGCAUAUAGAAACUUUAGUUACACAAGGAAGUUUUUAUAAUAAACUCUUGAUUGCUCAAAAGAAAGUAUAUGAAUCUUGGAGUAUAGAUGAAGAUACACUAGAAGAGCUCAUAAGAACAAUGAGUGAAGAGGAUAAUGAAAUUGCUUUGCUUAAUACUGGGAUAAAUCAAAUGUACCAAGAUGCAAUUAAGGGAAUAAUGCCUAUUUUACCAUAUUAUACUUCUCAAGAUUCUUUAUCUAAAAUAUUUCCAAGCUUAAAUAAGGAUGGGAUACUUGAUAUUUUAAAGAAACUGAAUAUUGAGAAGGAACAAAGGUUUAAGGCAGUUAUGGACGAUAUUGGAGAUCCUCUUCAGCAUACUGUUAAUCAUCCAGUAGCAGGUAUUUUACCAUCUGAUCAUCUUGCUAAGCAGUUACAAGAAGCAAAUGAUCAAAGUGAAGAAGUUGUACUUGGUACUGAUGUUGAAUUCCGUCGAGUAUUCUCUCAUGCAUUAGCUUUAUAUUCCAGAGAUGAAAAUUUUUUGAAAGAAAGGCAGAGGAUUGAACAGGACCACAGUAAUAAGAUUGUUAAUAUAAUAAUGGAUGCAAAAAAGUAG